UUUUCACGGAUGCAAUAACUUUCGCUUAGUCAGAUACCGGCGAAUGAGGGAUGCGCGUCUAGCCAUAGACUGUAGACUCUAUACAGAUGUCUAGCAGUCUCAUGAAAUCGCAAUGGCAAUGUAAUAUGGCGAUCAUGGCUUCACACGGGGUUCAGCAAUACUCGGGCCCUAUAUUUCUAUGUCCGAGGUACAGUUAAGUGAGUUGCUUUAAUCACAACGUUUCGUUUUGAGGUUGUAUUUUAUAAUGGGUGCCGACAAAAAUGAGGAGUAUCCCCCUGUACGCGUAACUCUGUGGGACAGUUCUGCAGUGAAGAAUGCAUUGGAUGAUAUGGUUAAGGAUGUACUUAUAAAGAAGUAUAACUACAUAGAAAACUACGCAUUACUGGAUGGAAGAUUAGCUCUUUGUGGAGUUGCUGUAAUAGUAGCUAUUAUCGGGUUGCUCUUCGACUAUCUUUAUCCAUUCCCAGCAUCUAAAUCUGUGCUAGUUGUUUGUGUCACAAUAUACUUCUUUGUGAUGGGUCUUUUGUCACUGUAUACAACACAUAAAGAAAAGAACAUAUUUGUUGUUGCAAUUCAAAGAGACCCAGCAGGUUUCAAUCCUGAUCUUAUCUGGGAAGCAAGUUCCUAUAUGAAUAAAUAUGAUGAUAAAUAUAAUCUUGUAUUGUCCGUCAGAAAUACAACUACGGAAAAUUCAAAUGAGACUAGUGUUACAAAAUCUGUGGGAAAUUUCAUUGAUGUCAAUGGUGUUGUUAUUCGAGAAUUAAUAGCAAAUGUUGUAACAAACAUGCACGAUAGUUUAACCAGUCAACGCAAAGAGAAGUAGUAGUGAAGAUAACACUUGUUUCAUCAAACAUGAUUGUCAUUUCCUUAUAUCGCAUAAAACUAUUCAUUUUUUUCGUAUUAUGUAUUUUUUAUUGAAAUAAAUAUGAUAUGAGAAUAAAAUUUAGUGACUUAAAAUAA